UAGCUUACAUCGGUAUUGUGGUGGUCGAUCGUGUGCGUUAGUUUUAAUCGGAAAAGUUUGAUCAGUGAGGUAGUGUGUUCGAGAUUACAGUUUUUACAUUUCGCUGUUAAUAGUGCGUAGCGGUCAGUGAUGUCGAAUUUCAUUAAAUGUGUGAUCUGAUUAUCGAGUGCGACCGCCGGAGCGCUGUGUGGCGUCGACGACGCAUUUUUAAUCGUAUUAAAGUGCGAUGGACGACAUCGGAGACGCCCUGCAGGGUGUAACGCACAAUGACGAAGAGGCUCCCCCCGACCUGAACAUAAGUGAAGUGUUACAUGCCAUCUCGAUAGCGGACCCGACGUUCGGCGUCGGCGUGGAAGAGAUGUACCGGCAGCCGGCAGUGCCGCCGCCGUCGGCGCCGCAGCCCUCCGGGGCUCCCAAGAUGCCCUACGUGCGGAUCAUCGAGCAGCCGGCCGGCAAGUCGCUGCGGUUUCGAUAUGAGUGCGAAGGCCGGUCAGCAGGCUCCAUUCCUGGCGUGCACAGUACACCGGAGAAGAAAACAUACCCCACAAUCGAGGUGGUCGGCUACACGGGGCGAUUUGUCGUGCUCGUGUCGUGUGUCACCAGGGACAAGCCUUACAGGCCGCAUCCUCACAACCUGGUGGGCCGCGAACCGCUUUGCAACCGCGGCGUGUGCACCGUGGAGUGCAACGCGGACACCUCCAUCGUGCAGUUCAGCAAUCUCGGCAUCCAGUGCGUCAAACGCAAGGACAUCGCGGAGGCGCUGCGCGUGAGAGAGGAGAUUAAAGUCGAUCCCUUCAAGACUGGCUUCAGUCACAAGAACCAACCCCAAAACAUCGAUCUGAAUGCCGUCCGGCUGUGCUUCCAAGUGUACAUCCCCGGUGGCAACACCAGCAAGAUCAAGCAAGCGCUGAUUCCGGUGGUGUCGGAUGUCAUCUACGACAAGAAGGCCAUGUGCGAGCUGCAGAUCAACCGGCUCAGCACGUGCGCGGCCAGCGUGCGCGGCGGCACUGAGCUCAUACUGCUCUGCGAGAAGGUGACCCGCGACGACGUGGACGUGGUGUUCAGCCAGGCGUUCGACGACGGUUCCCUGUGGGAGGCGUCCGCCAACAUCGUGCUGGUGCACAAACAGGUCGCCAUCGCCUUCCAGGCGCCGCCCUACCGAGACCCCAUGUGCAUAGAAAACGUUAAGGUGAAGAUAUUCCUCAAACGAGUAUCGGACGGCGCCCGCAGCGCGCCGGUGGACUUCGAGUACACGCCCGACUAUGCAGAUUCGGAUUAUUUAAGUAAUAAAAAGCGGAAGACGGCGCAGAAUAUAGAUUCUUUCUUAGCUACGUACAAACAAGACAUUGGAUUUCACGAGUCUGCCAUUAAAAAGGAACCAAGAGACACGAGCCCGGCGCUGCAAGUCCACAGCCCGCCGAUGGCCGGCGUGGGCAGCCCGCACUACCCGCCGCACUACCGCGACCCGGCCGACCCCUACCAGCAAUGGAUGCCGUCCGAUCCCAAUUUAGGCGUACCGAACACGAACCCAUUCCUGCCGCACGCGGGGGACCCGCGGGGCUACUGGGGCCCUCAAAACUUCGCACAAACCUCCCCGACGCCCAACCACGCCGUGUCGCCCAACAUGCUAGGAUUAGGAGAUGCAAUGUCACCGCAACACCGGCUGUCGCCGAAUAUGCAAAACAUGUCAGGGUCCUCCAUGGCGAUGAACCCAAACAUGGUGCAGAUGUCGCCGCUGCAGGGUAGCUUGUCGCCCGCGCACCAGCCGUCCCCCAUGCUGCACACGUCGCCCCCGCACAUGCAGUCCAUGAUGUCGCCGCUGCAGGGUAGCUUGUCGCCCGUGCACCAGCCGUCCCCCAUGCUGCACACGUCGCCCCCGCACAUGCAGUCCAUGGUAGGUCACACAGUGGAGCGUGCCGGGCCCUCCAUGAUGAACCCGAGCAUGGUGCAGAUGUUGCCGCUGCAGGGUAGCUUGUCGCCCGCGCACCAGCCGUCCCCCAUGCUGCACACGUCGCCCCCGCACAUGCAGUCCAUGAUGUCGCCGCUGCAGGGCGGCGUGUCGCCCGCGCACCAGCAGUCCCCCAUGCUCCACGCGUCACCCCCUCACAUGCAGCCCAUGCAACAUGCGGGGCAGGCACAAGACCUGGGAGCGGGGGCGCCUCUGGACAGCGACAUGCAGUUCAACUCGGCGGACCUGUCCGGCAUCAUCGCCACCCUCGGUCCGCCCGAGCUGUCCGACAGCCUGCGAGCGCUCUCCACCAGCGAGCUCAUACCGACCAUGCAACCAAUGUAAUUUUGGUCAAAUAUUUGGCGAGCUGUAGGGUCUUCUGGAGCUGACCGCCUGGAUGACGACCAAAGACAACUGUGACCAAUUCUCGCUGGAAAGGGCCACCGCGAGUGUUUAGCCUGAGUAACCUCCGGAAAUCUAUGGGAAAAAUGCAAAAUGAAUGUGAAAGAGCUCCGACACGAAUUACUAAACUUAUGACAUGAAAAGAAGUGACUGGUGUCGACCUAAUUAAUUUAAUUUUCACAAAGACGAUAAUUUAAAAAAGGAGUUAUAAGCUUAUCAUCAAAAGUCUAAGAUUAUGUCUUGCUUCUCGAAUUCGGACUCCGGCGUUGGUGAACUGUUUGAAAUUCUACAUUAUGCUUUUCAUAAGAUUCUUAAAGUAAAUCUUCCAGUGCUAUAAAAUGAUGAAAACUUGAUAAUGUAUGACAUAUUCGUGUAUGGAACUCAACUCAAGUGCUAUCAAACUUUUUCUUAUUUAGUAAUAAUAUUAUAGCUAACAGUCCAAUAAAAUUGUGCUCUAGUUUAAGUAAAUUUAUAUGGUCUGAGAUUUUUUAUAUUUCAAUAUGCUCGCUUUUUAACUGUGCGAGUAUGAUUACCUGUGACUUAGUCAAAUGGAUUUUAUCAUUGAAUGAGACAGAUCUAAAGUUGUUUUAUUAGUUUUAUGCGGUAUCAUAUCGUUAGCUGAAUUCCUUGAGAAUGUUUAAUAAAUGACUGGCAAAGAGGUUUAAGUCUGUACAGCUCCCAACUUUUUCUCGGUAUUUGUUGUGUAAGUAGUGAACCGUUUGAAUUUUGAUACAAAAGCAGAGUUCGGCUUUACCACAAUAUGUAAAAUUAAAAUAAUUUUGGAUAUUGUUGGGUAUAAAACUGUGGACACAACAAUUUAGAAAGCGGAUAUUUCGCUUAUCUGAAAUUUAUGUAAUAAUAGGUAGGUCUAUUACUUAAUGAGACGUUUGGUAAGAAGUUAUUAUGGUUAUAGUUAACAGUGGGUUGGUUGAAUGCUUGAAACUAAACUGUAUAAGAAGUAAGUAAACAUCACUUUACACACCACCGCAAUUAUAACUGACAUCACAUAUUGUGAAAGACAUGCAACUCUAAGGAAAUUUAUUUUUAAAUUCAGAUUAAAUAAAUGCUAAUACUUAAUACAACAAUUAAAUACAUGUAACAAAACAUUCAUGCUUUGGAAAAUAAAAUAUCUGUACCAUUUCUGUAACUCUAGAAAUGUUUAUCAUGUUAUUUACAUUUCCAAAAAAAAAAAACUGCUGAAUAUAAGUACUUUGUACGUACCUACUUAUAGGUUUGUUUAACACCGGUUGGUAAAGAAAGGGAUAACAUAAUUGACACGCGCUGCGCUACUAAGUUGAUAGCACUUGUGAAUGUACUUAUACAGGAUUUUUUCGAAAAAACAAACAAUAAAAUAAUGAAAUGAUUUAUUAUUAGAACUUACCAAAUUAUUAAGAACUAUUUAUUACAUAUUAUACUAUUAACAAUUCAAAACAGAAAAUUAUUUAUAUUUAAAAUAUUAUGUUCUACACCCCUCUUUGUUCAUCAAUGAAUGUUACAAUAUGCAUGCUACGCUGAAUUUAUUUCAUGCGUCUAGUGGCUAUUGAAGGAUGAGUUUAUGCAUUUGAUUUGUUAUCUUAUUGUUAAAAUCCCAAUGUUUUGUGGCGUGAUUUAAAAUAUCGUUUUUUUUUUUCUUUUUGUAAUUUUCCGAUAGUAGUUGAGUUCUUGUCUUAGUUUAUGGUGUUAAGUUAGUAUCUUGCUGUAUCAUGUAUGGGACGAGUAGAACGUGUGUGUGUCUGUGUAUUCUCACAUCAGGCCUUAUGCAUUGGUUUAGUUAUUCCAACACAGUGAAUAAGUUGACGAUCUCAGACAAGGGUUUUUAAAAUUAUAAGUUUAAAUUAUGCUUACCUCUCUUUUUUAACCCUGAAAUCUACAAUUUUAUGGUUAAAAAUAGUCACUUGCAACAGUCUAUCAUAAGACUAGAGCAAAAGGCAUAUCAUGAUCGUAAGAUAAGUGAGGCAUACAUUAUUUCACAACCUUAUUUUAAAUUGAAAUAUUUUUAACUAAUCAGGAUAUUAUGACAAUAUAGGUUUCUCAUUUGUUUAAGUUUCUUAAUAUACCAAAACAGUUAUAGAAAUAUUACGGCACUUAAAAAUACGAGUUUUAUAAAAGUACUGCUUAAAAAAAAACUAUAUUUCGUAUCUUAUCACAAGAGAAGGAUAUUUUAAAUUAGUUGAAAUAAUUUGCCUUGGGUCUUACUAUACGCAGGAUAUAACAAAUCGUCUAUUUUACUCUUAAAUAUAAGGCUAAAACUGAGUCCGUUAGUUAACACUAACUUUUAACCAAAAAUAAAUAAAAACGCUCAUUAUUUUAUACUUCACGUUAUUUUUUGGGCUUUAUUGAACUUAAGCAUUUUUAAAGAAUCAAUACGUCUAAUAACAUUGAUGCUACACUUAUGCUCUUGUAAGUCAGUAAGUCCUUAUAACUUAUCAAUUGGCCUUGUUAAGAGAUAAAAAAUCUCAUAACUAUCGUAAAAUAUUUAAAUUUUCUAUUUCAUCUCGUACUUUUACGUUCAAUAAGCCCCGGACCUGGCCUUGUUACCCGCACUUACAGUGGGCCUUCAAACCAACACGAUAAGUUCAAGAAUAAUAGAGAAGAUUUAAUAUAAAUAUAUACAUAAAAUAUUAUUUUUCCUUUCCUCAUACAGUUAGUUACCUUCUGUUUGUACCCAUAUACAUUAAAAAACGACUUGAUAAAAACGAACUUUGUUUUCGUAAAAAAUAUCAUCAAGUGCAGCCGCUACCUCACUUUCUGGCUGUAUGGAUGCUACUGACAAAUUAGCGGCGCGUGCGAAGUCAAGCGUUGUUGCCAGCUCGUUAUAUCUGCUACUUCUAUGUUUGCGUGAUGUGUUGAACAAAAUCAUACCAUUUAUAAACAUAUUACAUAUUUUUGUAAUAGUGUAAUUCCUAUUUGUGAAUAGUGGGCCUUGUUACCCGUCGGGCCUUAUAUGCCUCACCUACCUUAUUUUCUUGGUACCUUUCUAACAGGCAGCGCCAAAUGAAGGCGGGUAUUUUGUCUCUGUCACUCGACGCAUGCGAUCAAGAGAUGUCGAGAGUUUAUGCAAUAUAAUGACAUUAAUGACGUCAUAUGGUUGUGUUAUUGAUGAAAAAUGUUUUAAAACCUGAAAAGGUGUUAUUAUGUAGUUGUUUACGAUAAAUGAUAUAACUUGUACCAAAAAAAUAUAUUUGGAAUUAACUAUGCUGUUCAGUAAUAUAACGGAUCAGACCAGGUAACGACAUUUUAUUAAUUUCAGCUCGUUUAUUACCAUUAAGCAAGCCAAAGCCAUUCGCAGCAUUUGCGCCAAUAUAACCUUAUUUAAGUACUUUUUAAAGUGUUAUGAAACUCUUACUGCAAACGAAUAGAUUUACUUCUUGGGUUCAUCUCACGGCGUAUGACGGUUGUUUUGUAGGCAUCAUCACAAAUAAGAUUGUUCUCAGUAGUGAGAGUCAGAAAUGGCGGGAUAAAAAUAAGCAAAAAGCAUAUCAUAAUUUUAUACCUAAUUUGUAUUAAUUAGUACCUCCUGUAAAGAAAUUGUACGGGAGGUACUUAAAGUUAUUACUAAAAAACAGUAAACCCGCCAUUCUGACAGUCAGCAUGGCUGGUGUACUUAUUAUCCGCGAACUAUGAUCCUGCGAUUAUUGAUAAAUUCUAUAAAAACCAAAUUUUUGUACCUUCAUAUUCAAUUAUAAUAUGAGCCAAUUUUAUUUGUGGUUUACUAAUUUUACUCAUUUUACUUUUUACAUUGCUGUUACACUCCGCACACUACACUACACACCGUGAGAGUCAGAAUGGCGGGUGUACCUAAAUAAAAUUAAAUGAAAAGCAUACCAUAUUUUUGUACCUAAUUUGUACUAUUUAGUUCCUCCGUUAAAAAAAUGUACUUCACGGUACACAAAGUUAUCAUCAAAAAACAGUACACCCGCCAUCCUGACAGUCAGAAUGGCGGGUGUACUUUAUUACGCUAUGUUCCCGUGGUUAUUGAUAAAUUCUAUAAAAGCCAAAUUUUUGUACCUUCAUAUUCAAUUAUAAUAUAAGCCAUUUUAUUUGUGGUUUCCAAGUUUUACUAAUUUUAUAUUUUGCUUGCUAUUACAAUUUCGCAGGCGUUAUCAUUUUUCAAGUUAUCGAUCUCAUUUUUAAGAAAAAACGUUAAAGUAUAAUUAUUUUUAUUACCUAUAAUGUUAAAUCUGUUAAGUUCAAAUAACUCAGAAAAUCAUGUCUUAAAAAUGAUUUUUCUUAGGAAGAUUUCUUUGAACUGGCGCCUAGCCUUUUUUAAGACAUGAUUUUCUGAGUUACUUGAACUUAACAGAUUAAACAUUAAAGGUACUAAAUCCUGGCUUAGUAAAAAUAAUUGUACCUUAGCGGUUUUUCUUAAAAAUGAGAACUUAAAAAAUUAUAUCGCCUGCAAAUGUGUAAUAGCAAGCAAAAUAUAAAUGAGUAAAACUAGGAAACCACAAAUAAAAUGGCUCAUAUUUUAAUUGAAUAUAGCGUAAUAAAGUACACCCGCCAUUCUGACUGUCAGGAUGGCGGGUGUACUGUUUUUUGGUGAUAACUUUAAGUACCGUGAGGUAAAAUUUUUUUUUAAGGAGGUACUAUUUAGUACAAAUUAGGUACAAAGAUAUGGUAUGGUUUUCAUUUCAUUUUAUUUAGGUACACCCGCCAUUCUGACUCACAAUUUUUCACCUUACAGACUUCAUUUUUAAGAAUAAACGCUACGGUACAAUUAUUUUAAUUACGCCAGGAACUAGUACCGUUAAUUUUUUAUACUACUUAGGUGUCAAACAAGAAAAUCGCCCACCUGGUGAUAAGCAGUCUCCGUAGCCUGCAACGCCUGCAAAUCCAGAGAAGUUAAAUGCGCGUUGCCGACCCUAACACUCCGCCCCCUCGCUGAGCUAUGGCAACCCUACUCACCGGCAGGAACACAACUCUAAAUCUGUUUAAUCUGUUAAGAGGCUGUCAAUACCUAAAGCGCGCACACUGUCUAUUUGUAUCGGAGUAAAUGAGAUAGCAAUGUCGCAUGUUACUGGGCCUGGGCAAGGGAAUAAUAAGAAAAUUAUUUAAAUGAAAAAAAAAAGUGGAUUAUUAGUGUAAUAUUUUACUCAUUAGCGGUUUAGAUAUAAAUGUUUUGAAAUUGUGAUUUUAAGACCAAUCUUUGCAAUUAUUUUCUAUCGAGCCGAUUUCGUUCAAUCAUGUAUCGAAUACAAACACGGUCUUCGAAAUAUAAUUAAUAUGAACAUAUAUUUUUCUUGCUUGACUAAAACAAAUAGUCUUUCGUAAAAAACUGUUUAAGUAACAUCAAUUUCAAGGACAUUGGGUGUUGACAGCCGCUUAAGUUUAAUUAACCCAGAACAGAAAAUUAUCUUAACUAAGGCCAGGCGCCAUGUCAAGAAUUCUUCCUAAGAAAAACUAUGUAUUGUAAGUACAUAAAUGAGAGUGCGAGUGAACCGUAGGGGACAGAGGGCCUACCGCUUGCUACCGCGAAUACCAACGAUCGCUAACUAACAUACGUGCAUUAUAUCGCGCAAAUUAGACAAUUUGCCAUAGAUGGCGCUGGACACAAUUAUACUUGGUAUAGGUACUUCUGAUCAAGUCUUUCGCCUUUACUAACUAUAGUUACAAAAAAUUGGUUUUUAUAGAAUUUAUCAAUAAUAGCAAGAUCUUUGCGCAAUAAAAUACCUACAUUCUGACUGUCAGAAUGGCGGGUGUGCUGUCUUUUAGUAAUAACUUUAAGAAUUAGUUACAAAAGUAUGGUAGGUAUGCUUUUUGUUUAUUUUUAUUUAGGUACACACGCCAUCCUGACUCGGGAAAGCUUUGUUAAUACCAUCACACUAGACAUAAAAGUUGCAUUAUCCGCAAAAUAGAUGUGAAUGCUCGCAAUUGUGCUAUGUAAUUAAUGUAAUGUAACGAACACAUAAAAUGUGGGAUUCAGUAGUAGAUGUAACUUGUACAUAAUUAAAAAUAGAAUUUUUAUAUUUAUGUUACGAUAAUAAACUUUAUUGAUAUGUGA